CUGUAGAAAGGGACUCGUCUUCUUUCCUACUCCACUCUCUUCAAGAUAUCAAGUCAUUAAACUUCCGCUCAAUAAGUCACAGAGGUUUUGGCAUCCUCAAGGCUCAUCAGUUAAGCAAGUCCUCCAUCAGCGCAGGGAUAUCGACAGACUGAGGUUGCGGACUCACGGGCAAGAUGAAUAGGCGAUAAAUAAGACAUCAACUCCAGAGGUAAGGUACACGUUGAUUUCGUAAUGACAAGCUGCUGUGCAGAAGAUGUCCACGCUGUCUGUGACUGAUAUCCCAGAUGUUGGUCAUGAUGAGAGUAAGGUGUUUGACGGGGCCUCAGAGCUGCAGCUGGACUGCAUGGUCGAGGAGAGCGGCGGAAGCACCGCAAUGAAGCACGAAAGCCUGCUGUCGCUGGCCGAUCUCUCCCAGCCAGACGACUUCCCCGUGCCCGCUCACAAUGGCCCUUCACUGACCGAGAUGAGCAGCCCUCUGCCGAUAGAGCCGAACGACAUCAAGCUCGAUCCAGCUGCAGGCGACACAUCUGCCAGCAUAGAUGGUCAGCCAGUAAAGAGAAAGAAGGGUCCUGCACCGAAGAUGCUGGGUAACGAAGUGUGCAGCGUAUGCGGUGACAAGGCCUCUGGUUUCCACUAUAACGUGCUAAGUUGUGAGGGCUGCAAAGGCUUCUUCCGACGCAGCGUCAUCAAGAGCGCCCAAUACUCCUGCAAGAACAACGGCCGCUGCGAAAUGGACAUGUACAUGCGCCGCAAGUGCCAGCAGUGCCGUCUGCGCAAGUGCCGGGAGGCCGGCAUGCUAGAGCAGUGUGUGCUCUCCGAGGAGCAGAUCAGACUGAAGAAGAUGAAGAAGCAGCAUGACGAGGAAACGGCCCGCACGUCCACAGUGGUCACCCCCACCCCUCCACAGGAAGCAGCCACACUGGAUCCACAACAGCAGGAGAUGAUUGAGAAGCUGGUGGCUAUGCAGAAGCAAUGCAACAAGAGGUCCUUCCUUGACCGACCAAAAGUGACGCCGUGGCCACAGAGUCAGGACUUACAGAACAGAGAAGUGCGUCAGCAGCGUUUCGCCCACUUCACUGAGCUAGCGAUCAUGUCGGUGCAGGAGAUAGUGGAUUUUGCUAAGCAGCUUCCUGGAUUCCUCGAGCUCACGAGAGAGGACCAGAUCGCUCUGCUGAAGACGUCCACGAUUGAGAUUAUGCUGCUGGAGACAUCUCGGAGAUACAACCCUGCCAUCGAUAGCAUUACGUUUCUGAAGGAUUUCAGCUAUAAUAAGGAGGAUUUCGCGAAAGCAGGGCUUCAGUUUGAGUUCAUCAACCCCAUCUUUGAGUUUUCAAAAGGAAUGAACGACCUGCAGCUGGACGAGGCCGAAUAUGCCCUGCUAAUUGCCAUCAACAUAUUCUCUGCAGAUCGGCCGAAUGUGCAGGAUCAUGAUCUCGUGGAGAGGCUGCAACAACCGUACGUGGACGCUCUGCGCUCUUACAUCAUGAUAAAGAGACCAAAUGAUCACUUGAUGUUCCCCCGUAUGCUGAUGAAGCUGGUGAGUCUUCGUACACUAAGUAGCGUCCACUCGGAGCAGGUUUUCGCCCUACGCCUCCAAGACAAGAAGCUUCCCCCGCUGCUCUCUGAAAUCUGGGAUGUCAACGAGUGACUGCAAACCUGAUGUCACACUCCGUGGCUUUUUCGAAGCCUGAGACAGACAUGGUAUCCAGCAGGAACACUGACUCCUCUCUCUGCCCAUCUGGUCAUGGAUUUGUUCUAGGGUUGAGUUGUUUUUCUUUUUUUUUUUUCUUUUUUUUUUUUUUUGUCGUGGGAGGAGAGCCUUUACUGCCCUUUGCUCUCAAACAGACUGUUAAACGGUUUUGUGUUCACGAGGAGAAACACGAACACCAAGUUUUCUUUGAGCCUUUGUUGUUCUUCCUUUUUGUGUUGAUGCUGACAUGAUUGUGGCGAUAUGAAAAUACCAGCAUCAGGCUCUUUAAGCCAGUUAUCUCUGAUUUAAUAUGUGUUGAAAGUCAAUCUUUAGUGCAGUUCUAAACUCAUCCUCUUUAACAAUUUAAAAUCAGAAAGCUCUGAGCAGAUUUUAGCUGUUGCUGUCUCAAAAACGUCAGGAUUACGGUUGCACAUUCAGUCGAAAUAGUGAUUUUUUUUUUUUUUUAUUUUGCAGUCGUGCAAUAGGCGGAUUGGAAACAGAGUCGGGCUUGAGCAGACCCAUAUCUGCUGUUCACUUUAUUGAUGUUAAGAUACAUGGUAGGCCAUCUGGUUGGUAUUGUGCAUUGUGAUAUGGCAACUAAAGUUUGUAUUUCAUUUUGGAGUUAGUGCAGAAAUGGAAAGGUCGGUGUAGUUGCUCAGGUAAAGUAAUGUGAAGUAGACCUCUGGGAAUUAGAGGCGUCUUUAAUUUCUAUUAGAUUACUCACAGUUUUCUUCCAAGUGCAUAAGGGACCCUUUUGGUCAUUUAUAGACGCCCACAAACCUUUUAUGUUAAAUUGUAUAUUUAUUUUCACAAGAAAAAAUGUAUAGAGUGCACACAUGAAAAAUAUCCACAACAUUGUACAAUCACAUACUAACGCACAAAGAAGGUAAUAUUCUACAAGAGCUGAUGGUAGUGUGACUGGCACAGGGCCCCCCAUUUACAGGAAAUGUUGAUGUGACUAAAUCUUUUUUUUUUUUUACGCAGUGCACUGCUGUCUUGGAAUGGAUGGUACUGAUGUGUCAUACAAUUCCAUGUAAAGAUAAAAUGUUUUUUUAAAAAAAAAAAGCAAUCGAGCUACUAUCUGUGACCCUCCUUUCAAAUGAAUAAAAACCCAAGUUGACAAAGUUGUAUUUUUAAAAUCAAAAUUGAAAGGAUCGAUCCUGCUAACGUCCUCAUCGUCAUAUGUUCAUGUGAGAUGUACUUUUACUUAUUUCAUUACAAAGCAGUACAGCUAUUUUUCCUAUAGGGGAUCUUGAUUUGUGAUAUUAUUACUAGUGUUUAGAGGUGUGAGAAAUGUAUAAACAAUGUACAUAUAGUAUGGGAAGGAUAUAAAGAAUUUCACAACCUUUUAUUUUUUAUAAUAUACGUUAUGAAUGAUACUGAAGAAAAAAAAAAUGUAUACCUGAAUAUCCAUCGGAAAACUAACUUGAUCUAAAGGUCUACCAUUGUCUGAGUAUUUUUGCUUGACCAAAUACUCGACAACAACAGCUUUAACUGGUCAGAUUUUGGGAAACCAAUUUACCAAAAUCUAUAUUAACAGGGAGCAGAGAACAACAGGAAUGAGUAGAAACAUUGAAAUUGUAGUAAACAUUUAUUACUACAGAGAUCCAGAUGUUUAUAUUCAUGUUAUACUUCCCAUGCAUUCUCCUGUGCAGUGUAAAUUUGAAAUGCUGCAUAAAGGAUGAUAAAGGAAUGUCAAUGUAAAUUCAUCACUGUGCAGUUUUUUUUCCAUCUUCAUACUCGCGUUUUUUUAGUGGGUUGCAGUUACUUCAAGAGGGCUGAAAAACUGAACAAUACAUCACCCUGUUGCAGUCUCUUCAUUAGCUGUAUGUGUAGCUAUUUACAGGUAUCACCACUGAAUAUCCAUAACCACAAAUGUAAAACUGUUAUCAGCCCUUUUUUUUGAAAACAAACUGCUCCAACCAUUUCAGCUUUUUCACCACUGGCACAAGUUCUUUAUUUCACAGCACCACUUAAUAUCAGACAUUAUACAUAAUGUUUAUACUUUUGUAUAAUUUUCAUCUACAGUUCCUUGUGGUUUUUAAUUAAUAAAAACGGCACUUAACGUUAACACAUGAUAGCUGAAAUGGAACAUUGACUCUUCACAUGAGCACAUAAAUAUUGUACAAACACCCACAUCUCACAGUAACACAGGCACAGGUGCUGUCCUCCUCAAUUGUAUUAACAGGAUGGGCCUGGUUUUGAUUUGAUAUGAGAUAAUUCUGUCCAUACGCAUUUGAUGAUCAGAUCUAAGGUGUGUUUCAGUAAUUUGAAUGUUAGACUUGGGAGUCUCUUAUUUUUCUUACUUUUUCCACUAACAUGUAUGUAUUACUGUUUUGUUGUUUAAUUUAAUGAGCUGUUAUGAUCUCCCAGAUGGUCAAAACAUAUUUUUGAACAGCAGAUGUUGUGAUGCGUCACAGUAGGAAAAGCACAGGUGUCGCUAAUAUCAUUAAUGAUGGCUCUGUUCUAUUCAGGUGCAACAGUGAGUCAGCAUAUAUAACAGCAGGACCCUGAAACAGAAACGACUAAAUGUAAUUCAGCCAUCAUUAUUUAUUGCUUUUCCUACUGUGACAUGUCAAAAUGUCUUCUGUGG